AUGAUGACCGAAAGGCGCAGCGAUUUUGUGCUCAUGUGCGGGUACAUGGUGAAGCGUUCGCAGAACAAGAAACGCUUCACGCCCGUCAACUACAAGACUCGCUGGUUCGAGCUGACGCGCUUCUACCUGUCGUACUAUGAUAUCGGGAACCUGGAGAAGCGUCGCGAGCGAGGCAGGAUCAGCGUCAAAGGAGUACGGCUCGUUGAACCUGCUCUCCUGCACGGCGAAGGUGGCGAUGCAGCGGCACCGGAUGGGUAUCCGUUUCAAGUAGGAUACUGCGAAAGUGACGGCAUCUACCCCGGCACGACGCUUCCCCAGUACACGCUCUAUCUCGUGGCGGACAGUGAAAAAGGCCGCACGGAUUGGAUCACCUCGAUUCGGAAAGUCUGCGAAGAAUACAGCCCGAAAUCGUUCAGCUAUCAUCUCGGGCUUUGGUUGGGACGGAAGUGGUCCUGCUGCAGGAGUUUAAAUCGACGAGCACUCGGCUGUCAAGUGGCGACGGUAUGGCCAGAAUACAACAAUAACCCAAGUACCGGAAGCUCUCCUGCCCAAAAUUCUACACGAAGUACCAGCCCAAACGUACCGAACGGUCACCUGCCGCUGCCACAGCAGCAAGCGCAGGUCCAUUCUCAACAGCAGCAACAGCAGCAGCAGCACCAGCAGCAGCAACUGCAACAUCACUCCGGCACAGUGCCGGUGCUCCAGCAGCACCAGCAACAACAGCAGCCCCAAUCCACCCAGCAACCCCUGCAGCAGUCCCAUUCGCCCUCGCUGCAGCAUCCGGUCCAGCAGCAGCAACAAGUGCACCUCCAGCAACAGCAAGCCCUUCAGGCUGCAAUCCAAGCGCAGCAGCAACAAUCGCCCCAGCUGCAGCAGCAAACAUCCCAACAGUCGUCCCAUCAUCUCAACAGCAGCUCGAGCAGCUUAGGCAACAUAACGCCCACCUUCGUUGCACAGCCACAGUCUCCGACUGUGAAUUCCUUUAAAACGGCGUCCCUCAACGGAGUUGGUUUGCACGUGAACGGAGGAGGGGAUUUAAAUAUGCCCGGUGGUCCAGCAGCAACGCCUGGAACACCGAACACAAAGGCUAAGGAUGUAUCGCCACGGGUAAAGAUCGUCGUUGCCCUCUACCCAUUCAAGGCAAUCGAAAGUGGUGAUUUGUCCCUCGAAAAGAAUGCCGAGUACGAGGUGAUUGACGAUUCACAGGAACACUGGUGGAAGGUUAAGGAUCAGCAUGGCACGAUCGGCUACAUUCCGAGCAACUACGUCAAGGAGAAGGAGCUGCUGGGACUGCAGAAGUACGACUGGUACGUAGGUGACAUGUCCCGGCAGCGUGCCGAGUCGCUACUGAAGCAGAACGACAAGGAAGGCUGUUUCGUGGUCCGCAAAUCAUCCACCAAGGGUCUCUACACACUAUCGCUACAUACCAAAGUACCACAAUCGCAUGUGAAGCACUACCAUAUCAAACAGAAUGCUCGCAGUGAAUUUUACCUCUCCGAGAAGCACUGCUGUGAAACGAUCCCGGAUUUGAUAAACUACCAUCGCCAUAACUCCGGUGGGCUCGCCUGUCGCCUUAAGACGUCACCGUGCGAUCGUCCAGUGCCACCGACAGCCGGUUUAUCGCAUGACAAAUGGGAAAUUCAUCCAUCGGAAUUGAUGAUCCUGGAGGAGCUGGGAUCUGGCCAGUUUGGGGUGGUACGACGUGCCAAAUGGCGCGGCUCCAUCGAUACGGCGGUUAAGAUGAUGAAGGUGGGCACCAUGUCGGAGGAUGAUUUCAUCGAGGAAGCAAAAGUAAUGACUAAACUCCAGCAUCCUAACCUGGUGCAGCUGUACGGUGUCUGCUCGAAGCAUCGUCCCAUCUACAUCAUCACCGAGUACAUGAAGCAUGGCUCUCUGCUGAACUACCUUCGAAGGCACGAGCAAUCGCUGAUUGGAAACAUGGGUUUGCUGCUAGACAUGUGCAUACAGGUUUGCAAGGGUAUGUCUUAUCUGGAGCGUCACAACUAUAUUCAUCGAGAUUUGGCAGCGCGCAACUGUCUAGUAGGCUCCGAGAACACUGUGAAGGUAGCGGACUUUGGAUUGGCACGCUACGUGUUGGACGACCAGUACACUAGCUCCGGUGGUACCAAGUUCCCCAUCAAAUGGGCCCCACCGGAAGUGCUGAACUAUACGCGGUUCUCUUCCAAGAGUGACGUAUGGGCUUACGGAGUUCUAAUGUGGGAAGUAUUCACAUGCGGCAAGAUGCCCUACGGUCGCCUAAAAAAUACAGAAGUCGUGGAACGCGUCCAACGCGGAAUCAUUCUCGAGAAGCCUAAAGCGUGCGCUAAAGAAAUAUACGAUGUUAUGAAAAAGUGCUGGUCCCACAGUCCUGAGGAUCGCCCGGGAUUCCGAAUACUGAAAGAUCAACUUGCCGCCGUUGCCCAAGGACUCACAGAUUAAUUAAGUGGCAUUUUACUCCUCUUGAUGCAACUAAAUAUAAGCGUACAUUGUAAGCUCUU